ACUUCCGGGGGCGCCAGAGUUUUGUUUCCGGGGGCAGGCAGCGGUGGCACCCGGCGGCGGAGCGCGGGGAUGCCGGAGAUCGGGAUCCGCCAUGUGGUGUCCGCGAGCAGCUCUGACCCGGCUCACUGCGCCGAGAACCUGCUCAAGGCCGACACCUACCGGAAGUGGAAGGCGGCGCAGGCAGGCGAGAAGCAGCUGUCGGUCAUCCUGCAGUUCGAGAAGGAGGAGCGGAUCCACAGCAUCGACGUGGGCAACGAGGGCUCGGCCUUCGUGGAGGUGCUGGCCGGCAGCUCCGCCUCGCCCAGCGAGCAGGACUACGAGGUGCUGCUGGUCACCUCAUCCUUUAUGUCGCCCUCGGAGAGCAAGGCCGGCACCAACCUCAACCGGGUCCGGAUGUUUGGCCCGGACAAGCUGGUGAAAGCAGCAGCCGAGAAGAAAUGGGACCGGGUGAAAAUUGUCUGCACCCAGCCCUACACCAAGACCUUGGCAUAUGGGCUGUCCUUUGUGAAGUUCCAUUCGCCGCCCGAGAACAACGAAACCCAGUCAAAAUCUGCCUCCCCGAAGGUAACCAAGCUGGGCCACUUUAAGGUGAAGGACGAGGACAGCAGUUCUGCCUCAAUGAGGCCUGGGGCCUUGUUCUUCAGCCGAGCUAGCAAACCACUUCUCACACCGCCCAAAGGCCUGCAGACGGAGGAACCGUCCCCCAGCUAUGCCGUGGCCACCCUCCAGGCCAGCACACCCGGCGCCUCCUCCCCCUUCCCCUCCGCUGCAGAGAAACCCACUGCCAGGACCUCCCCCAGCCAUGCCGCAGCCUCCCCCAAGGAUCCAGCUCCCACCAAGAGGAAGUUUGAGUUCAGUAAGGAGAACUCGUCCCCCCUCUCUGCUCGGAAACCAGACGCCGAGGCCCCCCACCCCACGCAGCCAGCCCCGAAGAAGCCCAAAGCCCCAGAGCCGCCCCCCAGCAGGCCGCCAGCCCCCAAGAAGCAGCCGAAGGAGCCAUCGCUGGAGGGGGCGGGAGAGGAUUUUCAUCACCUCCUGCAAGGGACGGUCUUCGUGCUGAGCGGCUUCCAGAACCCCUUCCGCUCCGAGCUGCGGGACAAGGCGCUGGAGAUGGGCGCCAAGUACCGGCCCGACUGGACCCCUGACAGCACCCACCUUAUCUGCGCCUUCGCCAACACCCCCAAGUACAGCCAGGUGAAGGGGCGCGGGGGCACCAUCGUGCGCAAGGAGUGGGUGCUGGACUGCCACCGGGCCCGUCAGCGGCUGCCCUGCAAACGCUACCUAAUGGGCGGGCCGCCCACCUCAGGCAGCGAGGAAGAAGAGGAGAGCAAAGAGGAGCCGCCCACCCGGUCCCGCAAGACCCCCUCCCCCCGACAGAGAGCCGGGCUGCCCAGUUCCAACCACCAGGGCAAGGGGCCUGCCAGGGCCCAGUCGCCUCAGGGUGAGUCCUCGGGGGAGGAGACAGAGCCCGGCACUUCCUGGGCCCAUGCCGGCAACUCGCGGGCUGGGGAGGAGAGCUCCCCGGCCUCCACGGACAGCAGGGAGCCCGCAGGGGCAAGGGACAGCGGGGAGGGCGACUCCGGCGACACAGACGACGAGCUGAGGAGGGUGGAGGAGGAGCACCGCAAGAAGCAGCAAGCGGGUCGGGAGACGACUCCGGACCCCGACGAUGACCCCUACGGCGGCUCCACAGAGGAGAACACGGAUGUGGAAGAGGAGCUGGAUCAGCCCAUCCCGGUGCUGCCUGAUUUCUUUGUGGGCAAACGCUUUUUCCUGUAUGGAGAUUUCCCGUCCCAGGAACGACGCCUCCUGAAUCGCUACAUCACGGCGUUCAACGGGCCCUGAAUGACAACGCCAACCUCUCGUUCGUCCGCCCUCGCUGGAUCUACACCUGCAACGAGCGCCAGCGGCUCAUCCCGCACCAGCCGUACGUGGUGGUGCCGCGAGCGUAGGGUGGCGCUUGGGGAUCCCGCUGGCGCAGCGUGGUGCGGACUCGGGGGGGCUGGGCGCUCUCCUGUGUACAGACGCCAUGCCGGGCGGGGGCGGUUCUCGCUGUUCUUGGUCCCUGCCUCAGCCUCCUGUUUGCAGCAACGGCAGGGCCUGAGCUGGGCUGUGCUGGGGCAGGGCUGCCCCGAAUGUGCCCACCUCCCCCGGCCAGACUCCCUGUUCCCCUCAAUAUACCCCCCAUCUCCAAGGCACCCUCAGCCCCCGCCUCCACCGCCUUUUCCGCCAGCGCUGUCGUUUCCACCCGUCGGGUUAAGCCUGAAUUGAUUGUGUGCACGGACGCCCCUACAGGGAUUUGAACCUCGCGUCUCGCUGCUCGCCUGCCGUAUGCUUACAUCCGUUCGAACCGGUGUCUGCAGCCAUGUGGGCUCCCUGUCCCCUUCACCCCUUUUCAGUUAAAUCCACAUGGCUUCAGCUGGCCAGAGUCUGUGCCUGGGGGUGGGGAGCCCGAGGGGCUGGGUUAGAUGCUAAACUCCAGAGAAUUUACCAACCCAAAGGAAAUGCAGGAAACCUUCCCUCCCUGCCUUAGCGCCCUGGGAUCAGGGUAUCUGGGGGCUCCCCUGGGAUCGGUGCGGCCGGGGGCUGCUUCUCACCAUGAAUUUCCACUGAGCUGUGGAGGGGUGAGUUCAGGUCUUAGCAAUUUGCUCUGGGCAAGGAAAUCAGGCUGGUGAGUUUUAGGCUGGUGGGAGGGGCCCCGGGUGGGUGUGUCUGGUCAGGUUCACUCCCGCUCCCUGGCCAGUUUCCCAGUUGCUGUGGGUCUGUCUGGAUGGUUUCCCCUCCCUCCCUUUCUCUUGCCCCAGAGCCUGGGGCAGUGUUCAUAUUUGGGGGGAAGCUCUUUUAUACAGAAUUUUCUUUGAGCAAAAUAAACUGUUUUCAGGAGAA